GGAAUCUCAGUCGAAGAAUGUUACGAUCAGUAUCCACCAAUAAUACGUGAUGUGUUCUGGGAAACGCCGGAUCCUGAACCAUUGCAUACCGUUGAAAGUGCAAUGCGUCCUCAAAAUCCGCAAGUCGGCAGCUGCGUAAAUAUGAAACUACCCAAAAACUCAUCGUAUAUGCUUCGCCCGAGGCGAUCAACUAUGACUGGUUCACGUAUGUCAAUUUGGGAUGGGCAGAUUGACGCAGAUGUCGUACCAGUCGCCAAUGAUGAUAGACAUAAUCCUGAACCAAUCAAACAUUCAAUAUCAACAUCUUCCAUGAGCAAUUUUAUCAACAAAAUCAAGAGUGGUGGUAGACGCAUGAGUACUAUGUCAAUGUUCGCUAUUGCAAGAAAACGGACUAUUUCAAAUGAGAGGAGGUGCAUGGAAAGUCCAGAUAUGCUGUCAAGGUAAGU